AUCAAAGAAGCAGCUUACAAUGUCUCCUCCAGUGAAGUCUGGCAGUCAGGUAGAUCCAUUUGCUGAUUUGAAUCCAUUUCAAACCAAGAGUACAGUAGUGAAUACACCCGAAAAGCCAGAAACGGAAAGUGUUGAGAAAGGUGUAAAAGCUGCGACGGAAAUUGAUCCAUUCAAGAGUAGUGGUGGAAUCUGUAACUCUCCUGCUUUGACGACAAUAGAAGAGAUGCCAUUCGUGACAAAGUCGAGGGUUGCUAACACACCAACCAAAGAGGACGAUCCAUUUUCAAAGAAGUUUGAGAUCCCUACAGCACCUACAAACGAACCUGAUGAACAGGUGGGAGGUAUUGGGGAUAUAUUUGAAGUACAGGGAGUUACAAGGAGAGGGGAGGAGGGGUCACAGGCCAACCAGUUUGGAGAUAUUGACGAGUCUCAGUUCGUGUCAGCGUCACAGGUCUUCAAUGAUCCAGCAGCUUGGGAGAUGUUGGAAAAACUGGGAGGAGGUUCUAGUGACUCUGGAGAGUCAGCACUUUCCAGGAUGUCAUUGUAUGUUAAGUUUUGACCCUCUUGUUGAUGAAGCCCCUAUAA